UUGAUAGGCACUUUCGAAACAAUUUUUCGCUCAAACUAACCAACAGAUGGCAAAGCGUACUGGCUUCAAAGUAUCCAUUCUUACCCCUUGGACCCUGCUACCUGAGAAUCUCCCUGUGGAUCAGUGUGCAGAUGAACAAGCGGACAAAUUUGCGGACGUACUGUGCAGUCGGAUUCGCACGAAACUGUUGCGUUUUUCAUUUUGGCCCCGAGCACGUGGGGAAGCAUACAUACAUUCGUCGUUCGACGCUUUCCAAGAACGCUUUCUGCAGUACUCCGAAUACGCAGUUAUUGUUUUAUCAGGUCAUCAUGUGUCAUGUUUGGACAGCAUCUAUCCUCGACUUCUCGUAUUUUUCACCAUGCGUCCAUCCUGGUCGGCUCGCUUCCUCCUAGUAUUUCUAGGAGAACCUAAGGGCCACUUUCGUUUCGACACCAGCGUUCUCAAGCAUGACGCAAUUACUUUCAACGGAUCAUCCGAAGAUCACUGGUCAUCGGACGAAGAGAGUUGGAGUAAGCUGUUCAGAAUACUAAAAGCCGACUAUCGCUCUCCGAGCCUGGAAGACUUCAGAAACAUCAAGCCGCAGAGAUGGAUGUCGGUGAGAGAUUUGCGUGGUCAUCACCUAGCGGUCAAGGUGGUACGGACGCCAAAUCCGUCGGAUACGAAACCAUACAGUUGGAAUGAUCUUCGUUACUGCAACAACGACAACCCGAAAAAGCAAUUAGGGGAUUGCGGACAACAAAAUUUCGGUUUAAAUUCCGCUUCUUCUCAGAGUAAACCCGAGCUUACCAGUGAACGUUCUAGGAAUGAUUCAGAAAGUUCCAACCAAUACGACAUUGAGCACAGAAGCGCCAGUUUACCACACCUUCCACUAAGAUGUAUUUCUGUACCAGGCGGUACCGCGCGUUCCUCUACCAGCCCAACACUGAAUUCCGAUCUGAGUCCUUAUGUAGGGCUACAGGCCAAGCCGAGUUUCGAUGAAGAUUCUAGACAAAUCAAAGAGAACGAGGAAGAAAUCACAAGAGAGUCUUCAGAAGAAGACUUUGAAAUUAGAGCUGGGGUGAUGUCUCCAAUAAUUGAAGAAAACUCGGAACUGACUUCAGUCGAAUCUGUUGACACAAUGGCUCCCCAAGUGGAACAGAAUCUAACACCAUCCUCAUUGACGGGGUAUCAACCGAAAAUGUUAGCCUCCAGGAACAUUGUUCCAGUUUUGGAUGGCUAUGCGCCUUUCAAAAAUCCACCAGUAAGUACGGCUGUUGAGAGCAAAAGAGGGAUCCUUCGUGGUGACGCAGAUUCUACAACCCCGACAGUUAAAGAACACAGUAAAAUACUUAUAGUUUCCGCAGCCGGAAAGGAUAAACCUCAUCCAUCCGUUUACCUGGAGAGUGCUCAUGUACCUUCACGUCCUCAAACCGAAAUUUCAUCAGACUCGGUAAUCAAGCAAAUUACGGUUAGGCCAUCGGGUACCUCUGACUUUGUUCUAAACGCUGCACCACAGAUGCCUCCCCAAUCGCUAAUGACCCUUGAAUUUUAUCCCACCAAGUUGAUUGACGAGAUCCCACAUCUGCAGACAAAUCAAAAUAUAAACGACCCGGCUUCCGCAUAUACUUUGGCAGAGCAGUCCAAACCGUAUGAGAAUCCUGUUACUGACUGGGAAUUGCGCAACGGGACUAACGCUAAACCGCCUAAAGAACACAGGCUGGAUUCAGAAGCUGGCAACAGUUUGGUUCAAAGUCGGUUUAAUCCUGAAGACAAAAAACAUGAGGUGAAAAAACUGAGUACUUCCAUGGAUCUUGCUUACUCGAAUCCAGCAGAGGUGGGUACUGGCAACAUGAAUCCUGCUGUUGAUACAAUGAGUGAACUCGAGAAUAGAUCCAAUAGUACUUUAUCAUUUACUUCCAUAGAUUUGAGUGAACAUGAACCAGCCCUGAAUCAUGUACCGCUGUCAUCCUUUGAACAUGUUCAGGUUCAAACAGCAGUCCCAGAAGGCUCCAUGGAACAUUUUAAUUCAGACACCAUGAUGGAGUAUGCCAAUGAUGGAAUAAUCGAACCAGUUUCAGUCUCGCGGGAUAAACAAUCCGAUAUUCCUCGAGUUUAUCACAAAGAGGAGGUUAAAUCUUUUCGAUUAGAUCAACAUCAGAAAGAGACACAACUACCGAAAAUCUUUUGUGACCAUGGGUAUUCAGAAUCUUCUGAGGACGUGCAAUCGAUGAAACGGGAAUUUGGUGUAACUGCUCUUCAGUCCGAAGUGCAAGAGCUCACAGGAAGAUAUCUUGUUGAAUGCGAGGAAACAGAUCAAUCCGAGAGUGGCUGUUUAGAGCGAAUUAUACUUGUCUCGAACCCAGUUCCCAAGCUGUAUGCCAAACCACCUGCUACUGACCCACUUGGCGAGAUAUUUGUGGAGUCACAUGGCAAUAAUCUUGGUGAGGAGCGCCAGACUCCGAAUGGGGAGGAUUGGACUUCUAUGAUAGUAGAUAACCGUAUCAAAGGUAUCUUGUCGGACAAAUCUUUGGUGGUCGACUUACAUGGAUACCGCGAAUUUAUUGAAAACGAACGUACGAGUAGUUCGACUGUCCUUCGCAACUUUGUGGAAACUGGUGGAGAUAGUUGUCUGCUGAAAAUGUCACCAGACUCUCAGAUCCAGCUGGAAUCUUCUGGUGAAAGACUGAAAGGCAAGUGCAAUCAGAUUACUUCAGCCAGUUCGUUCUUAGGCACGGAAAAUCUGGAUCAACAAGGGCAGCAAGAAAUUGUGGUAUUCGAUCAAACUUUCGGUCAACAUCGCCCACAAAUUUGGAGCCUUACAUGCCUAAUUUCGAUGGCUGAAUUCCUGGCAGGAUAUAUUCCAAGACACCUACGCUGGUUUUACUCCUCGGUAUUUCAGAGUCGGGAAGAAAUGAUGGAUGAGAUGGCGGGUCGGAAUCUCACCAUGCGAGUUCACGACGGUCUUCGAAAUCCGGUCUACGUUACCUUGGUAUUUUUCGGUAUCGCAACGGCAUCUCCGCAUAUCAGCCAAUGGCCUCAGUUGGUGGCCAAUCUUUUUGGCUCAUAUGACCUGUAUCUGUAUGCUCCAACGAUCUUCGCCAAUAGGCCCAUCCUCUCGUAUCUGGGGCGGGCGUGGCCUUGGGGCGGCUCUACCAGGCUCACCUAAUUCGCCAACCUUUGUGAGAUCAUGACGAUAAAAACGGAUUACACGAGUUGCUUGCUGAAAGAAAGGUGUUGAAUUCAAUUAAUCAAUGCACAAAAACGCUGGACAUUUGUUUUUCAGUGCUCAAAAACCAUGAGCCAUCAUUGUCUUUCAUUCUAAAUGAGUUCAACUUUAUUUCCUACGUCGUAUGCCAUGACACUUUCAUGCACAAGAGAUAUCAUUUACCUUUAGUACAAAUUAGCAUCUGUUUUCAGAUACGUGUAAAUGCAUCCUCAUUUUGUAUUGAGUUUCAUUUAGCAAAUCAUUUAACCCCAU